CAGAGAAUCGGAACAUCACAAUCACUCAAUCGUUGACUCGCUCACUCUGAAAGCUUAACGUGUACAUUUAUUGGCUUGAUGUCUCAGUUGGUGGGGCCCUAAUUGCCGUGGGAUUGCCGACUGCGAAGGCCCAGGAGCAGAAUGGCCCAUCCCGUGGCUCAGGGUCCGCCUCUCGUGGCCAAUUCCGCGCCCAUUAACUCGUUGGAAGACCUGUUCCGGAUCCUGGAAAGUGGUCAACCCAAUGAUGUGGUCCAGGAAAUCCAACAAAUCAUUCACGAGCAAUUCAAUGAAGUGAAAGAGCCUUACUUGGUGAAUGGUCUCUACGAUUAUUGUCAAUCCAAGGACUCGCCUGGGGUCUUGGAUUUGCUCUUGAGCGUUCCGGAUCCUCACGACAAGUUCCUGUUCGACAAGAUCCUGGAGAGUCUCCGUCAAAGCGGCUCAAGUCGUCUUCACGGCCUCUCCAUCCUCGGUUAUAUCGUUCGGAAACAGCCUCCUUGGUUGUACAAGGUCACUCAACACGCUGUCAUGAAAGAGAUCAUCCGGAUUCUCAAGAACGAAGAGGAUCUCAUGGUUUUGAUGAGUGCCCUCAUGGAUUUGCUGGCCUUGAUGCCCAUUGUUCCGACCUAUGUGGGACCGUUCCUCCACGACCUUUUCGACGCGUUCAGUCGAUUGGCAUCCUGGCGAUACGUGAACCUCAAUGAUUUGCCUCAAAUCCAGAAGAUUCACGUGCAAAUCGGCUUGUACGCGUUCUUCCACCGAUUAUACGGGAUGUUUCCCUGCAAUUUCCUGUCCUACCUCCGCUCGCAAUACUCCGAGACUCACAAGGACCAUCAGCUGGUGUUUAACCAUACGAUUCGUCCAAUGUUGCACACGGUCCGGAUGCAUCCGCUUUUGGUGACCCAUUCCCGGGAUCAGGAGAAGAAUUCGGCCCGAUGGAAGAAAUUGGAACUCCAUGAUGUUCUGGUCGAGUCCAGUCGUUACUCACUCAUCAGCCAAGAAAGCACCAAGGAAGAUCAGUUGGAGCCAUUGUUCUCGCCCAUGAACCCUUAUGGAACCAUGCGAGAUAUUUCCGCACCCGAUAUUCGCGAUAUCUGCAGUGUGAUCAAUCACGACCCUUUCUGGACUCCGGGAAAGCGAUUGGACGUGAGCUCUCCGCCCGUGAUGCCCGCCUCUAACGGCAAAUCCGUGAUCCCUUCGCCCGUAUCAAUUGAGGCCGCCACGACCAAAACGUCCACCGCAUCUUCCGUCUCCACCCACAAUACCAAUAAGCUCACGGUCAAUUUGUCUCAGGCCCAGCGGAAUAUCACGCCCAUCGAAUCCCCACCCGAAGCGGCCAUUGAAGCCACGCCUGAGUCCACACCCUUUGUCACACCUGUGAAGGAUGAUACGUUUCGGUUUGUUCGUCCGGGUCCGACGGUGGGUGUGUCUCGACAGCUGCGUUUGGACUCUGUUCCGCCCCCCAGGUCGCCCAAGGUGCCACACCCACUCUCGCCUAUGAAGGAGCACGCGUCUCCGUUUCGCUUCGAUCGGCGAGAUUCCAUCUUUGUAGACCAAUUACCCGGAGGAGCCCCUGGUGGUUUUAGCAAAUUGGGUGGUGCCAUCAAAUUGGACACUCCGGAUUCGCCCAUCCCGUCCAAAGACACACCAAUCAAGGCCGAUGAUGUGUGGUCAUCCCGGCCCAGUCCCGUCAAAUUCACCAAUCAAAGACCCGACCAGUUUCCCAUCAAACCGGAGCCAGAGCGUCCGGAGUUAUUCCUAGCUGCCAAAAUGAGAGCCUUGGACGAGGCUUUGGAUGAUCCUGGCAAGGAGGAGGAGGAUCCGGAGGUUUCCAAUCUGACCGGGGGACAGGGUCUACACGGCAUCCCAGGGGAGACCCCAGACCCCAGGGAUUUGAGCACUCGCCAUAUCACGCCCAGGAUUUGUGGGCCCAGUUGCAGUGGAACGCCCUCCCGAGCCACAUCCAGACUGUCGUCUUCUAGUCAGCCGGACCCCCCUGCCAUCUCGUCCAGACCUCGAUCCGCCUUCCAAGACAAUUCCAGUGUCCCCUCUGUGGUUGGAACGCCCUCGGGUGCCACGCCCGCCAUUGCCACCGAGUGCAUCUCGGGCGGUCUUCACGCUCCAAGCACGGAAUCCGUCCACGAUCUGGUUCGUCAAGUCAGAGGACGGAUCCGAUAUUUCUCCAUGUGCGCUCCAGGAGAGUUGGAAAUCCAACGCGAGGUUCAAGAUGUGAUUGACGAAGAAAAUAAGCCUUCGGUGGAUUCUCAUCGACAUGCCAAGCGUGCUUCCUCUUGUCCCGAAGAGCAUCUUAUGCAUCAAAUGGCCAUGGAGCAUCAUGGGGGUGGGAUUAGAGAUGGCAUCUACGAGGAAACGAAGGAUUCGGCCGUUCAAACCGAUGAAUAUGUGGUCUUCCCCUACGAACAUCUCUUCCCCAGUGUGAUUCCAAUGGCCAUGCUGAUCAACACGAAUGGCUCCAAACGAGCUGACCCGGAACCCAACCCGUACGAAGACCUGGACCGGUGCGUAGAAUCGGCUAUUGCCGAUCUUGAGUCUAAAAAUGGCUCGACGAGUGAAGACCCGAAGGUCCUCAAGAACCAACUGCUGCUCCUUCACAAUGCCUUGCUCUUUGAGCGACAUCGGAGAGAGAUCUUGGGCACUCGGAAUCGUCGACUUUUGGGUAAAACCAAAUCCUCCAGGAUCCUCGAAGAAGAAAACACGGCUCUGCGAGAUCAAUUGCAAAUUGUGGAGACCGAGAUCGCCAGUCUUUUGGACCAACUGGAGCUGGUUCGCAAGGAGAAACACCGUAUGGAAGAGGCUCGUGGCAAAGAGGCCAAGCAAAGAGACGAGCAAAUCGAGGAGCUGGUCUCUGAAAAGGCCAACUUGAAAGAGACUCUCCGUGAGAUGAACGACAAGUUGUCCCGUCAAGCGGACGAAAUGAAGCGCACCAAGCAGGAAAUGAUCAAAUUGGAGGCCGGACUCUUCCGAGCCAAUUCUGAGAUCCACGUGUUGGAACAGAAGGACAAGAGCCGGAAGUGUGCUGAGAGUGAAGUGGUUCGUUUGAGGCAAGAGAUCAUUUUGUUGGGUGAGAUCCAUCAGAAGUUCCGGGAGCAGCUCAUCCAACAACCUGCCACCAUUAACCACAAACGAGAAUCGCUUUACAUUCAAGCAUUUGAAAACCAAUUGGGAGCCAUGGAGAAUAGCUUGAUGUCGAAGAGCGCCGAUUUAGAAGGAGCUCGAGCGAGGAUCAACGACUUGGAGCAGAUUGUCACGAAGAAGGACAUCAAUAUCACGGAAUUGAAGAAAAUGAUCAAGAUCAUUAAGGAGGAAAACUUGGAAAAUGUGAGCAUAGUGGAAGGAGCCAAUGAGACUUUGAUCGAAACUCAAGGCCAACUGGAGGCCAAGAUUCUUCAACUUCAAGACAAAUUGUCGCAGGCGAGUCGUGGAGCUGUUCGGAGAGGCGGGGGCGUAACCCACUCCAUUGGUGGCGUAUCCGCCUCAUCCUACCGUCCCCCGGGGUUUCUAUCGCAUUCCGCCAAUGUGGAUAUCCGCCAGCCAAUCCCGGAAAGUGAAGCCAUUUCCACAGAUUCGGCCGAUAAGUCGUUCAUCGUUGGAAGCCCUCCUCUAUCGAGUGACAACGGCAGUUUCCCAUACUCUUUGGGCAGCAAUGAAGCCUUGAGAAGAGCCAUCUCGUCUGGCCCCAUCAACCUGGACCAGUUUGUGGAAGUCGCGGCGGAUCAGGAACAUCGAGAGCGAGGCAUCGAUCGGAACGUAUCCGAACCCGAGAUCGGUUCAGCUGUGAGUGCCGUGGAAGCUAUGCGGGCCUCAAGUUCCACGAGCAGCAUGAACGGUCGACAUUGAUCCUUUAGGUGCUAAUGCAAGCAACGAAAAUCAUUUUUACAAAGUAGAGGUCAAACAAUAAUUCGCAAAUAUAUAUGGGGCAUUUUAUUCCGCGCAAACAUGGUGAUA